AUUUUUUAUACCAAUGACGCUCGCCAGUAUCAGUCAGCUGUCUUUCUGGAAAGGUAUUUUUGACAUUCUAAGCAGCGUAGGCAUCGCCAGGCUUGGAGCCACGAUUGCUGGAGCGUACGCAGGCUACAGAGUCGUAUACGAACUGUUUCUAUCGCCACUACGUCAUGUUCCUGGUCCGUUCCUGGCCCGACUGACCCCUAUGCGUAGGCAGUAUCUGAGCGCUCUAGGCCAAACGGCCCAGAUGGCAAUUAAAGAGUAUGAAAAGUACGGUGAUAUCUAUGUGCAAGGACCGAACGCGGUGUCAAUAUCAAGUCCGUCGGAUAUCAGGACCGUGCUUGCAUCGCACGCCUUUGUCAAGGCUAACUUUUAUGCCGCGCUAGAUCUGUUUGGCAUUGAGAAUACGGUCAGCGCUAGAGACCCUGCGGUGGCAUCGCUGCGCAAGCGUCAGCUCGGCCCGUAUCUAAACCCAGCGUAUGUUGCAGAAAUGCAGACAGCAAUUCUAAAGCAUGGGUUCCUUGCAUUGCAGCAAAAGUGGGAGGGACAGCUAGCGCAGAGCACCAGCAGUAGCAUCGAAGUUAACUACAGCGAUGAUUUUACACUAGCCACACUCGACACUGUUUGUGCAUUGGCGUUUGGCAGGGAGUUGGGGUGCUUAGAGCGGAGCGAUGCGACGGUUGCGCACUGGGCUGAGGCGACAGUUAAGGUCCAUGGGAUGCGUGCUAUGGUGCCUUUGCUUGGGCUCUAUCCGUUUUCACUGGCUAUCAAAGGCUUAGAUACGCAGUUCCAGAGACUAACAGCGUUUUGCAGGGACUCCAUUUCCAGACGACGGGAGCUUCUGGAAACCGGUGGUGAGAAACCGGUGGACCUGCUGCAGGCGUUCCUUGAUGCGCAGGAUCCAGAAUCAAAAAUCUCGAUGAGCGAAACCCAACUCCAGGCAGAAACAAUCGUGGUUCUUUUGGCUGGAACCGACACAUCGUCUAACACGAUGCAGUGGCUUGUGCAUCUGCUACUGCUGCACCCAGAGAUAUACGCACAGGCUGUUUCCGAGGUACGAGGGAAAUUUGCUGCCGACCAUGUAAUCACAUACACUGAGGCCAAGAAACACCUGCCCUUUGUCAACGCAUGUAUAUAUGAGGCCUUGCGUCUCUAUCCUCUGGGCGGUGGUUAUGUCCCUCGCAUAUCACCAGCUGGUGGAAUCACGCUGCAAGGGUACUUCAUCCCAGAAGGAACAGAAAUCAACGCCAACUUCUACGGAGCGAGUAUCCACAAGGGCGCUUGGGCUGAGCCAUUGAGAUAUGACCCAACUCGGUUUCUGGCCAACGAGGAGGCGCGGCUCAACUUCUUUGCCUUCAGCCCUGGUGUCCGGAUCUGUCCAGGGCGCCAUUUGGCAUGGGCUGAAAUGUCGACUAUUAUUGCAAACAUGCUGAAAGAUUACGACUGGUCACUUCCGAAGGAUCUUACACACCUGGGACCAGAUGUUCUGGACAAGCAUGGCUACCCGUGUAGAAUGGAGUCUGCGCACUUCCUGGUCACAGCACCCGUCAACCCAAGGCGGGACUGCCGCCUGGUGCUGUCAAAGCACCCGUAGCCCAUGAAUGCCUUUGGGUAUUCUAAGAGUCGAUAAUUAUUCGCGCACGAUGAAUGAGGAGACUGAUCCUGCGACUCAAUAAUCGACCUGUGACUGCCAUUUUUCCGAGCCGCGGCUCAUUC